CUUAAGCCGCGGGGACGCGCUUAUGCGCGUGCCCGGUGCCACCCAUCCCCCACAGCUUGAGCCCAGAUCACGUGAUCCCCGCCGAGCGCAGGAAUGGUACCGGGAGAAGAUGGCGGAUCCCGAAGAACUGCGGAACAUGGUGUCCAGUUUCCGCGUUUCAGAACUCCAAGUUUUGUUGGGUUUUGCCGGACGCAACAAAAGCGGUCGCAAGCACGAUCUUCUGAUGAGGGCCCUUCAUCUGCUGAAGAACGGGUGCAGUCCAGCUGUCCAGAUUAAAAUCAAGGAGCUGUACAGGAGAAGGUUCCCUCGGACACUAGACGGCGGUCCGGGCCUGUCCUCUGUCCGAUCCAAUGUCUUCAACUUGGACAGUAGUUCUUCCGUGGAUUCUGAUCUGCCCGGCGUCCACUCGUUACCUUCCACCUCUGUAAUGCCGCACUCUCCAGCAUCUCCGCUAGGGAUGGUGCUUCUGCAGGACACCAAACCUCAAUUUGACAUCCAGCAGCUAUCGCCUCCAAUGCCACCAGUCCACCCCGAUGUUCUUCUCAAGAGUCUUCCCUUCUACGAUGUUCUAGACGUCCUCAUCAAGCCCACCAGCUUAGUCCAGAACAACAUGCAGCGAUUUCAGGAGAAAUUCUUCAUCUUUGCUCUGACCCCUCAGCAAGUGCGAGAGAUCUGUAUCUCCAGGGACUACAUGCCCGGAGGUAGACGAGACUAUUCGGUGCAGGUCCAGCUCAGGUUGUGUUUAGCAGAGACGAGCUGUCCUCAGGAGGACAACUUCCCCAGCAGUCUCUGCAUUAAGGUCAAUGGAAAACUAUUUCCUUUGCCGGGAUGUCCCCCACCACCGAAAAAUGGUGCCGAACAAAAACGACCCGGCCGCCCACUAAACAUCACAUCUCUGGUCAGACUGUCAUCUGCUGUGCCCAACCAGGUCUCCAUCUCCUGGGCUUCAGAAAUCGGAAAGAACUACUCCAUGUCUGUGUAUUUGGUGAGGCAGCUGACCUCUGCAGUGCUAUUACAGAAGCUGAAGAUGAAGGGCUUUCGGAAUCCGGACCAUUCCAGAGCACUGAUAAAGGAGAAGCUGACCGCAGACCCGGAUAGUGAGAUUGCAACCACCAGCCUGCGUGUCUCAUUGAUGUGCCCUCUGGGGAAGAUGAGACUAACCCUACCAUGCCGAGCGGUCACCUGCACUCACCUGCAGUGCUUCGAUGCUGCCCUCUACCUGCAGAUGAAUGAGAAGAAACCCACCUGGAUUUGUCCUGUGUGUGACCAGAAAGCCAGCUAUGAGAGUCUGAUAUUAGACGGGCUCUUCAUGGAGAUUCUGAACCAGUGCUCAGACGUGGAUGAGAUUCAGUUUCAGGAAGAUGGGUCUUGGUGCCCUAUGAGACCAAAGAAAGAGCCGCUGAGCUCCCCGAGCUCUCAGUAUCCACACAUUGAAGGGUCUGGCCUUCUCAGUAAGAUGUACACCAUAAUAGAGCCCACCGAGACAAAAAGUAAAAAGAAGGCGGAGGUGAUAGACCUGACCAUCGAGAGCUCCUCAGAAGACGAUGAGGAACCAGCAGCCAAAAAGAAAUGUCUGUACAUGCCGGAGACGCCUGCGCCUCAGACGAAAGGAGUUCUAACGUAUCAUCCAUCAACUAUAAGAAUGGGGAAGCUUGGUGGCCUGGAGACGGACUCGCUUCAUUCCUCAAUGGUGGAUUAUUCGGAUCACUUCCACAACUCUGCUAUCGCUGGACUUCCUGCAGACCUCUCAGAUUUGGACUUUCUCCCAAUAGCUCCGGCUCCUUCUCAGUACUAUCACCCUAUGUUUUUGGAUAGUCUCAAGUCGGCUCUCCAAGCCAAGUCCACUCAUGGCAAAGCCAAAACCUCGAACAGCCACCUUGAGGAGCACGCCAGCGACGGGUCAGGUGAGAGGAACAUCAUUCAGGGGCCGAAGCACCUCUGAGCAGACCCAGCCCGCCUCCAUGCCACCAAAAAA